AUGGGGGACUCUUGCAGGGUCCGUUUUGGCUUCCGGUUAGAGCUAGAAGGCCCUGUUUCCUUGGACCUCACAGCUUACGUCCCUCGAACUGAGGAGGAGAAUGUAGAAGGGGGUUCUAUACAAGGCCUGAUGAGUCAACCCCAUCCACUACCUGUCCAGAUCCACCAGAGGUUGCUAAAUGAGUCCCCCGCAGAUAAACGCUCUGGGCAGGGGGUGUUGCUAACAGAAAGUUUACACCCUCAGAGCAGGGAUGCGGAAACCUUUGGACAGGGGGAAACUUUGCCUCGGAUUGUUACCCCCCCAGUAAGCAGACUUUUUGAGGCUUCUGGGCAGGUGCAGAUAUCCCCGGGGGAGGGCAUGAGCGACCGGUUGAGGGCGAAACUAGAGGCGGCGAUUACAGCGGAAGCGCAAAGGAUGGCCGCAGAGGGGGUCGAAAAGUUUGUUUCGGAGAUAAGCGAAGGAGAGGGAAGGCUUCAAACGGGAGGGAAGGGUGAUCUGAAGCAACAAGGCGAAGGUCUCGAAAAGAACAGUUUCCAGCAAGCUUGA